AAGAUAUAGCAAUAUAAAGCCGGUGAAAAAAUCAAUCACUUCAUAUAUAGAUAUGUGUAAUCAAUUGUAUUGUUUAUUAGUUUGCAAUAACGUUACUAAGUUUCCAAGGACGUCUUAUUGAAAUUUUUCUAAAAUUGCCGAAAUAUUAUUUAAAUAUGUGUAAAGUAUAGAAAACGAAGUAAUUCUUUCUCUUUUACCUCGUAUUAAAAAGGAAUUUGGAAUGUGAACUAAUGUUUACAUAUCUUCAUAUUUACAAAUCUUGAUCCGUCAUGCUUAUUGGUUUUUAUUUGCAUAAUAAAAUUGAUAAUUAAAUUUUUAUUUAAAAAAAAAAAAAAAAAACCAUUUAACGCCUAUACAAAUAGAAUAGAUAUAUGCGCGCUUAAUGGAAGAUCGACUAUAUAUCUAUUACCUACUUAGGCAUUUAAAGCGUUUUAUUAAGAAUGGCUAAAGCGCAGAACGAUUACAUGGACAAUUUUGAGAAUAUCAUUGGUGCGGGUAAUGAGGUCGAUAUGAUGAAAGACUAUAAACCUCUAGUCGCCUAUAAAAUGGAAAAUUAUUUAAAUCCUAAGCAAUUGAAAACACAUGUACUAAAAAGCGAAAAAAUUACUAAACUGAUUAACCACUACGCACAGAAACAGAAUUGCCCGCCUUCUAAAAUAGAACAACAGGUGAAAGCCAUUAUUGAUGAGAUUGGUUUGGAUCGUAAUAUGGCCAUAAUACGUUGGUGCGGAAUAGCCAUUACUUGCAUUGGAAAGCGCAUAUGUUCCGGUAUUUAUGUUAAUAAAAAUAGCGUGAACGAGCUGAAAAAAAGUCUGGGUAGCAGUCCGGUACUAUAUUUACCAACUCAUCGCAGUUAUAUGGAUUUUAUAUUAAUGUCGUAUAUAUGCUUUUAUUAUGAUAUCGAAAUACCGGGUAUAGCCGGUGGAAUGGAUUUUUAUUCUAUGUUUGCAAUGGGUACGAUGCUACGAAAAACUGGAGCAUUUUUCAUGCGUCGUUCUUUUUCUGAUGAUGAACUUUAUUGGGAUGUAUUUCGUGAAUACGUGUACGCCUUGGUCUCUGUCUAUCACAUUGGCGUGGAGUUUUUCAUAGAAGGCACACGAAGUCGUAACUUUAAAUCUCUGGUACCAAAAAUAGGUUUACUAUCAAUGGCUCUAUUACCUUACUUUACGGGCGAGGUAUCAGACAUAACCAUUGUGCCAGUAAGUGUGUCUUAUGAAAAGAUUUUAGAAGAACAACUAUUUGUUUAUGAGUUACUGGGAGUACCAAAACCUAAAGAAAGUACUAAAGGUUUUUUCAAAGCUUUGAAAAUCAUUGACGAGCGUUUUGGAAAAAUGUAUUUGGACUUUGGUAAACCUAUAUCGGUGAGAGAUUUUUUUGGUCAUAAAGAUGCACAAAGAACUGAACGGGCAACCUUGGCAGCUCAUUUGCAGCAACUGAAUAAAAAUGAAAUUGAAUUGAUAAAAAAAUUGGCAAACGAGAUUAUCUAUCAGCAGCAAAGGCGUAUAGUUAUAAACACUUUUAAUCUGUUAAGUCUCUAUUAUAGCAGUCAAUUAUUCAAUCAAAGUCCAGUGAAUAUAGAUGAACUAUCCCGUGGUAUUACCUUAUUGAAGGGUUUAUUUCAAGAAUUGGGUGCUCAUAUCUCCACCAAUUUAAACGCUAUUAAACCUGAAAUUAUUAAGACCGUUGAAAUCCAUUCGAAUAUAGUACAUUUUUAUCAAGCAAAUUUGCGGUUUACUAAAGUGGCCGCCGAACAAUUAGCUCAGGAAAUCGAUAUGGCAAAGCUUAAAGGUUACGCUUUGCGACCACAAACUAUGGCGAUCGCUUUACCAAACUUAUCCUUACAAUUAUAUAUAAAUCCUUGCUUAUUUUGGUUGGCCAGACCGGCUUAUCUAAUAAUGGCUGCUUUACAAAUACAAGAAGAACAAAAACAACUUCAAAAUUUACAGAAAAUUUCAAACCAUUCAGAUUUGCUGGCAAAUCUUUCAUAUAAAACAGCUGAGUUAGAUCAAAUAUUCAAAUAUGAAUUCAUUAUUGAAUCUAAUCGUGAAGACGAGGAAUUCCAUAGGAAUUUACAUUUAUUGAAAAGUUAUGACAUUUUAAAGAUAACAACGGAAAAUGGUUUGGUAACAGUUAACAUGAACGACUGCUGUCGCGUACUUUUAUCAGCAUUGGCGCCUUUUUUAUGUGUUUAUUACCAAUUAGUGGUUACGAUUAAUAAAGAGUUUCCAACUGAUCAACACACUUUCACGAAUAAGGAUAUUCUGACGAGCAUACAAGAGCGUAUCGAGCAACUUUUGCUGGAAAAUUCGCAGAGAUGUGUGCAUCCCUAUUGUUUAGCUUUGGAUAAUUUAAAUAUAGCUAUACACGCUCUUAUUCAAGAAUCGUAUCUUUUGAAAAAUCGUGAAAAUGGCGAUUUAAGACGUUCACCCCACAAAUCUCUGUUCGAUUUAGAGCAACAAUUGGUAUUGUAUUGCGAUUUAAUGCCUUUCAAACAAUAUUACAUGUCAGGUGACCAGAUCGUUAUAGAUUCGAAAUUAUAACUAUUAUUGAAAGGUAAUAAAUCAAAAAUGCAACGUUUCAAGUCACUGCUUAAAUAUACGCGUAUUAUGAUAACAUUUGCAGUAAUUGUUGUGGUUACACCGAUAUACCAUCUAGUUCUUAACUUUUUAACAAAAUAAAUUUUAGCUUUAGUAUACAUUUUUUUUGGUACUGGACAUUGUAUUCGUUUAUAUUUCUUGUCAAUUGUAAUUUAUAGAAAUUAAUUUUAACUGUUAUACCGUAUACGUAUACAUAUAUAUAAAUAUGAAGGAUAUU